AUGCUACUGAUGGUGCUGGGAGGCCUCCUGGUGCUCUUCUGCACUGUGGACGUGUGGUACUUUCUUCGGGGGGUGCAAGUGUUGAUCCAGACCCUGUUCCAGCCGCGAAUAGGGGACGUACUGGCAGAGCAGCGAGUGGACGGCGUGGUCCUCCCGCACGACGUGGACUUCAAGGGCCAUAUGAACAACUCUCGAUACUUGCGCGAGUGUGACUUUGCCCGCUUUCACCACUACGUGCGCAACGGGCUCUUCAUUGCCCUGUGUAGAAUGGGGGCCAAGAUGGUGGUGGGGGCCUCCACCAUCCGCUACCGGCGCUCUUUAGCAUUCGGCGAGACGUUCGAGAUCCACACCAGAGUGCUGGGCUGGGACGACAAGGCUUUUUACUUGGAGCAGCGCUUCGUGUCCAAGAAGGACGGCUUCGUGUCAGCCGUGUUGCUCUGUCGGCAGAACGUGGUGCACAGCAGCCCUGAGAAGAUCGUCGAGUUUGUCUGCAAAAAGAAGAUUGAAUGUCCUCCGCUGGGCGAAGACGUGAAGCACUGGAUCAACUUUAUUUCAGCCAACAGCCGAGCGCUGAGGGCUGAGAGCGGACUGGAGCAGAAGAAAGAGCAGUGA